AGUUUCCAGUCUCUCGCAGUACCUCCUGAAUCUACAGACGAACCCGACGUUCCCUUCGGUUCUCUCUCCUCUUGUGAUGGCAUGAGAGAAUUUGUCCGUCAGCUGAGAGACAAACUGGAGGAUUUCUGCAAAGAGAAGAUCAAGCAGAUCUCAGACGGAGUCACAUUCACCAACAUGAAUCCCAAGACCAGGAACGACUUCCUACAAUAUUCCCAUCAGCUCACUCUGGAUCUGAACACAGUGAAUAAACGCCUCAGACUCUCUGAGAGGAACAGAGUGAUUACUAACACUGACACAAAGCAGCCGUAUCCUGAUCAUCCAGACAGAUUUGAUUGUUAUCGUCAGGUGUUGUGUAGAGAGAGUGUGUGUGGACGCUGUUACUGGGAGAUUGAGUGGACUGGGAGUGUGUAUAUGUCAGUGUCAUAUAAGAGCAUCAGCAGGAAGGGACGGGGUUAUGAGUGUUGGUUUGGAUGUAAUGAUCAGUCGUGGAGUUUUAACUGCUAUUCCGACGGUGACACAUUCAUACACAAGAAUAUACGCACUUAUCUCCCUGUAAAGAGAAGAAUAGGAGUGUAUGUGGAUCACAGUGCAGGAACUCUGUCCUUCUACAGCGUCUCUGACACAAUGAGCCUCAUCCACACAGUCCAGACCACAUUCACACAGCCGCUCUAUCCUGGGUUUGCUUUUCAUUCUGGAUCAUCAGUGAAACUGUGUUGA